UAAAAUGGCGGCGGUUUCUGUCAGUGUGGAGUGAAACUUUCUUCUUUUUAGCGAAUAUUGGGCGCUUUUCAGGCUCGUUCUGUGGACUUGGCUCGUGUGUUCAGUCACAUAACAUUUACCGGGACCCAGAGGCGUUUGGCUGAGGUAAUUCGGGCCGACUGGUGUCACCCUGGGCUCCGUCUUUGAUCGUCAAACCGCCGGGCUUCCCUCGAAGUUCACGGCAGCUUAGUGACUGGCUGACAUUGCGAUCAUUCCGACUGUUGUUGUCAUCGGAUCGCCCAACGCGGAACCGUCGGGGAACACGACACCUCUCCGUGUAGCUAGCUAGCCUAUCGAGCCGGCGGAGCUGGUGAGGGCAGGUCUAAGAUCCUGAGGCCGUGUCACGUCAGCUGUCAGUGGACACCGAGGCGCUGUUGGAUGUCACGACGGUGCAGUGUCAGGCGGGAUUUGGUUUGCUAGCAUCGUCCACUCUGGCAAAUCAAAUGGAGAAGCUCCAGGACCUGAGCCAAUCAGAGCUACAGGAGCUCCUGGACAACCCGGAGAGGGUGGAGUCUAUGGCCCUGGAGUCCGACGAGAUCCAGAACAUUCAGCUGGAGCGAGAAAUGGCGCUGGCAUCAAAUCGCAGCCUUGCUGAGCAAAACCUAGACAUGAGGCCUCGUCUGGAGUCGCAGAAGGAGGGGCUGGUGGAGAGAUACUCUCAAUUAGAGGCCGUCAGAGACACCUACAGACAGCACUGCUCCCUGAGAGAUGGUUUUGUGGGUCAGGUGUCUCCAGAGGCGUUGUUCUCCAGACUACAGACAGAGGGCGGCAAAACAGAGGCAGAUUCAGAGGUUCUAGCUGAUGAGUUUCUGGAGGGCUCUCUUCCGCUGGACUCUUUCUUUGACCGUUUCCUCUCCCUGCGCUCCCUCGCUCACAAAAGACGAGUACGGAUAGAGAAACUCCAGGAGAUCCUGCGGCAGAGGAGCGAGGGCAAUCCCUCCACCAUGACAUCAUCAGCAGGUAUCAGCCAGGAUCCUGCUGCCACGCCCUCACCGUGGAAUCAACACACGACAACUACAACAACAACAAAUCAGCAGCAGCCGAACUCCACACCUCAGUCCUCCAGUUACCAAAACGCAUCUCAGCCGGCCUCCUCAGCUGCAGGGUGCUGCCCCGGCCUACCCUACAGUCCAUACCCUGUCUCCCCACCCAAUGCCCCCCCUGCAGCAGCAGCAGCAGCAGCAGCCGCCUCUGGCCCAACCAAUCCACCAUCACAAUUCUCUCCUUACCCAGGUGCCGGCUCACCUUACGGCCCCUUCUCUGGCCCCAGGCCCACUUUUGGGCCUCCGGCAUCAGCCACCUGCCCUUACCCUACUCAGCCCUCCUUCCCUGCACCACACCCAGGCUCAGCAUUUGGCCAGUACACCCCAAGCCACCCCCAGAGUGGCCCUGCCCCCUACCCGGCCUCCUACAGCUAUGGUGGCUACAGUUACCCUGCAGGGGCCCCCUAUUCGGGUUCUCAGUCACCAACGGGGCGACCCAUCUACAGACCAGGAUAUGGAGUUCCACAGCCAUACUCCUGAAAGCACGACUGCUCCUGUGUCUCAAUUUUUCUUCUCAAUUCUUCCCUUCUUUACCGUCUCCCCCUUAUUUUCUUCCCUACCUCCCUGAGCUCUCUCUCCCCUUACCCAAAGUCCUUGUCCCCUCCUUGUCUUUUUACCUUUUCUACCCCCCCUUCCUGUCUCCCAUGCUCCCAGAUUCAAGAAGUGUCGCUUUACUUAUCUUUGUUGCACUAUUUCUCUCUUUCUCUGAAAAUCAGUCUGUUGAUAUCUGUCUUUCUCUCUUUCCUCUUCCCUUUCUCUGUCACCUUACCUCCCCCCCACUCCCCCACACUAGUCUCAGGUUGUUACGUUGUCUUCAAAUGUUAAAUCACUUGUAUCUGUCCCUUCAUACACUCCCUCUCUCCACCCACCCACCCAUUCUCCUCUUCCAUGUCAAGUGUGUGUGUUGCUAUUGGGCAAUCAGAAAGACCUUAUAAACACACAAGUGCACUCCCCCUUGAGACAAAUACAAGACAGAAAUCGGUCUUUGUAACAAGACAUCAGUGUCCAGUAACCGUCUGCUUUACGCAGGGUCUGCACUGGGAAGCAGCUCACAAUGGGAAGCUCGCGUCCCAGUUUCACCUCUAUAGGGCUCAUACAAAGCAGUUAAAUGGGAAAGUGAAUGGCUGGCACACAGUAUGGCUCUUAUACUAGGUUAACUUAAGGACAGGGUUUCGAGGGAAUCAUUUUCUCAGCUUUUGCUGCCUCAUUUAUCAGCUCUUCCACACACUUAGCUACUCCAAACAUGAAUGUGGCAGGUGAAUCCCAUUAUUCACACUGACAUAAGAACCAUCAGUAACCCUUUAUUUCCUUUAACCAAAGACGACGACUUUACUUUGUUAUGUCUCUUUGAUUAUUUUGUUGACAGAGGCUGUUUAAAGCAGCAACCCAAGCAUCACUGUGAAGGUCCAGAGAGACUGUGGAGAUAUAGUGACUGCUCACAGGGGAUAGAACAGCAGAACCACUGGAGAGAACAACAGUUGUGUAACAAGGUUCUUUUUCUCUCAUCAUCAUCUCACAAAAGAGGGAGAAGAAAAACCUCUCAGAUGUAAAGGAACCUAUCAGAUCGUAGUGCGGAAAAGAUUUAUUUCUACCAUUGACUGAUGUGUCCUGAUGUGUGUACAGUGUCUCUGUGUAGAGCAGUUCAUGCUCUGACAGAGGACCUUGAAUUAAAGUCAGUUUAAUCAGAGCUAAACUCUGUCCAGACAGGAUGCUGUUGGUCAGUGGUGCAAAUGUGUGUUUCCCAGUUGUACUGUGGGCCUUGAUACUGCUGUUCCCACAGCUCAGACUGGCAAUAACAGAGUGCUGUGGCUCCAGUGUCAGCAGCUGGCUGAGUGUCAGCUCAGCUUGUAUUAAUGUUGUGCAGGAGAGAUGCUAACAGUUACAAUAUAUGUCUCACACUAGAGUCUCAUUCCAGGACGUGACAGGUUCUGAGCGAGAACUACUGAGCAGCCUCAGCAGCAGGUUUGGAAAUGACCCCACGUCUAUUUUAAACCACACAUUCUAAGCCUCCAUGUGCUUUCCACACGCUAGUCUUACAUUCAAGUGUGCAGUGUUCCCCCUCUUGUAGGUCUUUGUUUGAGCUCUACUGGCCUCUGAGAAAAACCAUGAUCACACAGUGCUAUCUAUGUGACUUGUGCUGGUGAGCAGGCAGUGGAGAGAGGCUUUAUCAGCCCCUCUUCUCUCAACGCUGCUGCUGCUGCUGCUCAAAACAAUCCUGAUGAGAUUGGAGUUUGGUUGGAAAGACUAAAGACUAAACACAUUAUGCUAAAACAGGUUUUUGAAAGACUUACCUGAGUUGAUUAAUAAGCAGAGUAAUAAUGCUAAUCCACUGUCCGUGUUGAAAAAAUAACUGUUGCAGUUUAAGGUAAGGGAAGGUUUGUUCAAAACCUAAAUACAGCGUUUUAAACAAACCUUUCCUUCCUGUCAGCAGCGAGCCUUCUCUUCAGUGUGUCUCCUUUCCUUUACCCAGAUAAAGAUGGCAACUGGACAUAAAGGGAGCUUUUCAUUUUCAGUUUUAGUUGUCUAUGGUGCCAUAUCUUCUAUAUAUUUAGCUAACUCCAUAAAAAUAACAGGGAACAGAGGGAGCUCUGACACAUGUUUGUACCAUUUUACAGAAUGUGAUAGUGUGGAAGACCGAUGUUUGCUACAUGUUAGGUUGUCCACCUGUCCAAUAUACAGUACUGUUUAUUGGACAGGUGCAUUAGACAGUGCAAUCCCCACUGAUACAGUGUGUCAUUUAAUGCUAAGAGCCAGAAAAAACGAAAAAGUAUUCUGUGUAUUUGAGGUGUUAUUAGUUAAAUAUAGAUUGUGUGAUUGAUAUGUAGGGGGAGUCACAGAGUACCUGAGACAAUGAUACCUGCUGCCGCCCCCCCCCCCACCCAACCUCACCACUUCGUCUGUCCUCGUCUCCUCUCCAUCACUCUCCUCCUCUCCAUCACUCUCCUCCUCUCCAUCACUCUCCUCCCCACACCUGCUUGUUGAACAUGAACUGAUGCUUGACAAUGAUUAUCAGAAGAAAAAUGUUUUAUUUCUACAAAUUCACACAAAAUAAGUGUUUUGUAUAGUUUAAUGGAGAGAAGAUGUAAAGCUGGCGUUCAGUUCUGUGUCAAUUGAAUCAACUCAAAUAAUAUCCCCUGGAACGGCAAUCUAGGUAACAGAUGAGUGAUCAUUGAAUGACGUUUAAGAAGAAGAUACCACUUGUCUAAAGUCUAUUACACUUCUCAUUGACCAUCAAACUAAUCAUGUUUGAUUGGUUUUACAUCUUGUCUCAGCUGUAUUAUUCCAUACAUACUGGUUGCUGCAAAAGUUUUCUGAAUAUAACAGCUUUCCUUCUGUUUGAAUGACACCAGUUGUAUGUUGAAGUGAUUGAAUUGAAUAUAAAUUUGCCCCAGCCUCUAAAAUACUGUACUACUAUUAACACUUAUAUUAACACUAGUGCUUUUAUGUCUACAAAAGCAGAAGAAGGGAAUCAUUGAAGGGAGCUGAAACUGAGCGCUAAGAUGAGUUGGUAAAGACUAUGGCAGUAUUGCCACAAUAGUUAUUGGCUUAUUGGCAACGCAUCUAUCAGCAAGUACAUUUUUCCAUCAGGACAAUGAAGGUCAGAGAUUGUUUACCAGAUUAUUUAGACUCUUUGUCAGAAACAACUUUAAACUGCUGAAGUACUUAAGAUGUCCCAGUUGCAGUAUCACCAGUGGUGGAACAGUGAGUCGUUCAUGACCGUGUCUUUUCUGUCACUGAAGUUAAUCAGAGUCUGCUUGUGUUCCAGUUUAUUGACCAUAUCCACAGAUCAGUUUAUAAUAAUUGAUACAAAACCUCAAAGUGCUCAUAGAUAUUUAAUUUAAUGUCCCAGUUAAACAGAUGUCAGAGCUGUGUAAGUCCUCUGAUAAAAACAUGACGCAUGGCUCCACUUUAUGUCUCUUCAUAUUCAGAGCUUCACUAUGUGCGUCCUGUGACAAAUUAAAGCAUUAGCUUGAAGAGGACAGUGGACGUUUCCUACAGAUCACUAAAUAAGAUGGUACUAUAAAAGCCUUCAUGUGGCAGAUUUUUGAUUUCCUUGUGGAUCACUGAUAAACUAGCUGCACUCCCACACAGUGUUGCAGAAGAAAGGCUGUGACAAGUGGGUGGAUGUUUGAGCCAGACCGCCACUUGCUGAUCAAUGCAUGCUGUGUUCGCACCAAACGCGAUGCUAUACUUUCACAAAAUGAGAUUACAUGUAAAGACCCAAAUAAAUUACAAUUUCAAAUCACUUGGGACGGGCAACACAAAGAGGCAAAAUACAUGCGAUUCUGUUCAAGGCCUGGACAUGUGUACACAAAAGUUCAAUUCCAAUCAGCGAAUUAAACAUAAACCUUGGUUUCCUGUAGAAAGGCAAAUUGCAGUUUGGGUUCACAGGGGCUACUAUUGUGUUAUAUGUAACUGUGCCAUGGACUUUAAAUAUUUAAAUUUGAACAAAAUAAAAGAGGCGGGGUUGCAAUUGAUAGUCGGCAUUGAAAAUGAAAACUCAACAGGUCAUCAAAAUGGCCCCUGGUCAGCCUCAGUUAGCGCUGGAAACAGCAGACAUCUACAGGUGGAGAUAGUUGCCGAACUGUGUGCGCCUCCUGGUGGUCUCGUGGUUCCACACAUGAUGAUGCUGGCUUCUCCAGUCGUCCUCGUCUCCUUUUUCUCCCAGAACAGGACAAUGUUCAAGGGUUGUGUUAACUUGCAUUACUCGAGUAAGUAGCGCCUGUAAACACAAGUGAUGCUGCAGCCAAACAUGCGCCAUUAAUACAACGUGAAAAAUUGCUUUGCAUUUCGUGAGAACACAGCAUAAAGUGAAAAAGUCUUAUUGCCUCAGAAUAAUUGUAGUUUACAACAAACCAGUCUUUAUAACAGAUUAUAAGCUGUAACUAAAGCACUAUUUAUGGUUAAUAAUAAUACUAAUGCUUAAUAAAUUACUUUGUUAGGAAAUCUUUUAAGUUAAAGAUUAAAAAAUAAAAACAACAAAAAUCUCUGCUGACAGUUUCAGCUCUUCAUGUAGCCAUCGCUCAGUUUGUAUGUGAAGGUCUGCAGACUCCUUUCAGACUUGACACCUAUUAAAUCAGGUUGCACCAUUAAAACUUACAGAGUCAUUGUCUUAACAAGGAGAAACUUGAGCCAUGUGUGCAAAGAGCACUGUCCAAUAAAGACCGGUAAUUUGUGUAAACAGGAAGUCACUGAAGCAUUGAGCGCUAUGUCCUGGAUCCAAACAUUAAAAAUCAACUUGAA